UUGAUUGCUAUAUCACAAAAAAAAUACAAAUGGAAAACAAAAAUAAUCAUUAAUCGUCAUCUGAAAAGUACCCCCAGCACCGCCCGCUCCCAGCUCCGCCACCACCGUGCGGCGGUUCAUCCUUGCCCAGGCUCCGCUGGCCUCGCCGGAAUUGAAACUUCCGACAGUAAAAUUGAUCUCCACCUGCAGCGAUGCCGUCUUCCAUCCCAUCCAAUCAUUCCAGCCGUCCGGAGGAUUUGAUCGGUCGGCUGAACUCCACUGCCGCGCCGUGCGAGGCUAAGCUGAAAGCGUUGAGGGACUUGAAGAACCAAAUUAUAGGAAAUCGUACAAAAAAGCUGGCCUUUCUGAAGCUCGGCGCGGUGCCCUCCGUCGUCGCUGUUCUCUCCUCCUCUGCUGCCGCCGUCGCCCAGGUCAGCGAGGGUGGUAAUCUCGAGUACCAUGAGUCCGUAUUGGUUCAGUCCGCCGCCGCUAUUGGGAGCUUUUCGUGUGGAUUAGAUGCUGGAGUUAAGGCCGUGCUCGACGCCGGUGCUUUUCCUAUUCUGCUGAAGCUUAUUUUCCAUCGGAAUGAGAAGGUUGCUGAUGCCAGUGCACGUGCUCUAAAAAUGAUUUAUCAGUCAAGACUCACUCCCAGGUAUGAUUUUCACCAAGAGAAAAACAUAGAAUUUCUCCUUUCGCUGCUCAACAGCGAGAAUGAGAAUGUUACGGGCCUUGGUGCGAGUAUUAUCACGCAUUCGUGCCAAACAAAUAUGGAGCAGCAGGUACUGAGUGAAGCUGGAGUUAUAAAGAGGCUCGUUUAUCUUCUUGGAGGUUCUCUAGUUCAGAGGGAUGCUAGCUUAGAGUCUCUGGCUGCGGUCAUCAAGGACAAUCCUGAAGUUGCUUCAAGAUUCAUAUUGCCUGAAAACGGAAGGGAACUAAAUGUGUUGAUUGAUCUUAUGACUGACAAGAAUUCUCGGACUAGAUUAUUGGCCUGUACAUGUUUGAUCAACAUAAGAAAUACUUCUGUAUCUUAUCAUCAAGACUCGGGAAUCAAGAACACAUUGAUCCUGGUAUUGCUUGAGCUUCUCGACGAUCCCAGUCAAGUUGGCGAUGAAACUCCUUUUGUGAUGUGUAAUUUGAUAGCCGAAAAGGAGGAUAUGCAGAAUCAAGCAUUUGAAGCCAAUGUGGUGGAGAAACUGUGCGAGAAUUUAAAAAAAUGUCCGUUACAGGCCAAACGUUUGCAAGGGGUAUUUUUGGCAUUGGCUGAUCUUUGCUCGGGGUUGGAAUGCUGCAGAGAGAGGGUUCUUCAUUUGAAGGUCUUAAACUAUGUCACAGAAGCAUUAGCUCAUGAUAGUGCCGAUGUUCGUUCUGCUGCGUGUAUUUUCUUGAAGAAUGUUUCUCGUUCUGUCAAGGUUUGUAAGGAUCAAAUCAAUUUGAGUGCAGGUCAUUUUAUGAAUGAAACGGUCACCAUCCCUUUGGUUCAGCUGUUAAAUGAUUCUUCCAGUUUUGUCCAGAUUGCUGCUUUGCGGGCUAUUGGUAAUGUGGUGGUUGAUUUCACGCAACGUAAAUCUCUGUUCAUGCAAUGUGGGGGUUUGAAACAGCUGGUUCAGCUUUCAAGGUCCAUGGAAUCUGCUGUUAGAGUCAAUGCUGUAUUGGCUUUGAAGAAUCUUGUGUUCCAUGUAAACAGCAGAUGUAAAGAAGAAAUUCUCUUGGAGUUAUCAACGUCCACAUUAACAAGCCUCAUCAGCGACCCUGAGGCUCCUGUCCAAGAGCAAGCUUUGGCUUUAGUUCGUAAUCUUGUGGACGGUCCUUUGAAUUCCAUCGAGUACGUUUUCGGUGAAGAUGGUCUUCUCUUGCAUGCUAUUGGAAGGCAAUUGAAAAGUACUUCAGCUGAAGUCCUGGUUCAAUGUAUGUACACACUCUGCAAUGUGGCUUCUGGGAACGAGCACCACAAAGAAGCCGUUAUGAGCCAACUUUUUCCACAGGCAGGCAAUGAAACGGAAACAGUUUUGAUCAAGUUUUUACAGAGCAGUAACAGCCAAUUACGAACGGCUACUGUUUGGACUAUAGUGAAUCUCACUUUUCCGAGCAGUCCAGGUGUGUGUGGGCGGGUGUCUGAACUGUGUAAUACUGGCAUAGUCCCUCAACUAAAGAACAUGGUCAAUGACCCUUGUUUGGAUGUAAAGCUACAAUCGAGAACGGCUAUUAGACAGCUAACUAUGUUUGGAGAUGCUUCCACUUGAGUGUACAACAGCAACACACAUAAAGUUUACCUUGUCAACAUAUAAUACUUCCUAAGGGGGCUUUGAGAUAAACUGUACGCCUCCACCGAGCUCGAAAGGGUUGGUUUACUUUCUGCUGUGAAGCUAUCCUGAUGAGAGCUUUAGUUUUGCUCGAUUAUCUCCACUGCUUAUGCAAAUUGCAAUUUUUUUUUUCCAUCUAUUGGGUGAGUUGUCUGAAGAACAUUUUUCUAAUGAAUCAAGACAGCAGGUCUCUACAUGUUAUGAUCGUCCAAUUUUGGACCUGCCCCCUUCUAUGUAAUAUCAUUGUUUUGCCUUCUGAUUUGUUGGAUAAUUUUUUUGGGCAUCGAGUGUAAAAGCUUAAAACAACUUUCUGUUUAGUGGUGUAUUGUGAUAUUUCGUGUUCUGUAACUCAGGGCAGAUCUCAAUGUUAUGCCCCUUAAGUGCAUUGUAGGAUUCUAGAAGGAAUGCAAUAAUAAACCUUCUCCAAUAGUGAUUUUUCUACUUCUAUUUAUGAUGAUGUGGCAUGAAAGAGAGAAUAAUUUUAGAAGUUCUUCUACAUGUGGAAGUCCUUCUAGACUUGAUGAGUCAUUUUUUUCUUAUUUAUAAUACAAAAUAAAUAGAUAAUA